GAAGUGAGUGAGGGCGGAGGCAGACGUGCAGGCUUUGCGCAUGGAGGGAGUGUGAUGUCAGGUGUUUCAAGUUGCGGGCGGAAUGUAUGGGAGGUAUCAACUGCCGGAGACUUCUGGGCCAAACACGGGGAACUCAGUUCAGCGCCAACUAGGAGGUGCUGAUUUCUCGUUAGCGCCCGAAUCUUGGCUUCGGCAUUUAGGACAGGCUCAGCUCUCGUGCUUAUUUUGACGCCCGUUUUCCGCGGUCUCGCGAUAGCGGCCGGGAGCCAGUAUCUCCGAGGAGCCGCUGGGGAGCAGCUGGUGGGGGGUGGGGGGAGGUGUCUCAGAACCCGGCGCCAUGGACGACGACCUGGUUUUGGCCCUGCAGCUACAGGAAGAGUGGGACUUACAGGCCCUGCGACGCGACCAUGCCCAGGAACCCCUGUCGCUGGUGGACGCGUCCUGGGAGUUGGUGGACCCCACCCCGGACCUUCAGGCCCUGUUCGUGCAGUUCAACGACCGGUUCUUUUGGGGCCAGCUGGAGGCCGUGGAGGUGAAGUGGAGCGUGCGCAUGACCCUAUGUGCUGGGAUAUGCAGCUACGAAGGGAGGGGUGGAAUGUGUUCCAUCCGACUCAGUGAACCUCUUUUAAAGUUGAGACCAAGAAAGGAUCUUGUAGAGACCCUCUUGCAUGAAAUGAUACAUGCUUAUUUAUUUGUCACUAAUAAUGAUAAAGACCGGGAAGGGCAUGGUCCAGAGUUCUGUAAACAUAUGCAUCGCAUCAAUCGCCUGACUGGAGCCAACAUAACAGUGUACCAUACUUUUCAUGAUGAGGUGGAUGAGUAUCGUCGACAUUGGUGGCGCUGCAAUGGCCCUUGUCAGAACAAAAAACCGUAUUAUGGCUAUGUAAAACGUGCUACUAACAGGGCCCCCUCUGCUCAUGACUAUUGGUGGGCCGAGCACCAGAGAACUUGUGGAGGCACUUACAUAAAAAUCAAGGAACCAGAGAACUACUCAAAAAAAGGCAAAGGAAGGACAAAACUUGGAGAGCACCCAGUAUCAGCAGCAGAGAGUAAAGAUAAACCAAGCAGAGGUGAGACACAGCUGUUAAUUCCUUUUACUGGGAAAGGAUAUGUUCUAGGAGGAACAAGCAAUUCACUUUCAUCUGGGAAAUUUAUCACCACACAUGCCGUUAAUAAAAUGCAAAAUCUCUCAAGUCAAGACCAUUCAGCAAAUGCUCUGAGACCUAAUUCUAAAAUUGAGGUGAAAUUUGAACAAAAUGGUUCAAGUAAAAAAACUUCUCUAGUCUCCUCUGUUCUUAAUAACAGUCACCAAAAUGUAUUAAGCAACUACUUUCCUAGAGUAUCAGUUGCCAACCAGAAGGCUUUCAGAAGUGUGAAUGGAUCUCCAACAAAAAGCUUAACAGCUGGUGACAUUCCUAAAAACUCAGUCUCUUCUGGUUCUCAGAGAAGGGUUACAUCUUCUAAGACAUUCCUAAGAAAUUCUUUAAAAGCACUGGAAUCGACGUCUCUGACUGCAUCGCAGGAUGUGAGUGGGUCUGAUGAUAAAUUCCCAAAUAAACGACCCAGGCUAGAAGACAAGACUGUUUUUGACAGUUUUUUUAUUAAGAAAGAGCAAACACAAAGUGGUGGUAAUGAUCCAAAGUGUAAUUCACAUCCUACAACUUCAGCUCAGAAUUCUAGCAGUUCUUCUGGUCAGAACAAAAUGGUAAAUUGUCCUGUUUGUCAGAAGGAAGUUUUGGAGUCUCAAAUUAAUGAGCACUUGGACUGGUGCCUUGAAGGUGAUAGCACUAAAAUCAAAAGCUGAAAAACUCACGGAUCUCAUGUACUACCUCUGCUGCCUGUAUUACCUCACUAAUGUGUGCUAUGUCAACCAGUCAGGAAGUUCUGGUUAAUACUGAGAUUUGUGGGUUAGAAUUUAGUUCAUGCAACCAAUACAAAAUGUUCUGUUUUACUUAUAUAUACAUACAUGUGUGUGUGUAUGAGUGUAACUAAAAAUAAGUCUCAAGGUCCUGUAUUUACUCUUGCCUUACGUAUACUAUAGCCCAGAGUUUGUUCUGCAUGUAUACAUGUAUAAUUUUUAGAUACUUUCAUUAUUUCUUGCACUUAAGGGUACUUAAAUCUAUUAAUCUUUUCAUUUGUACACUCUCCUCAAAAUAUUAAUAUGAGGAAUCCUGUCAGGUAUUUGGGUUGAGUAUUUUUUUUGUGUUAUUAAAAUUCAUUCCCAGACUGGUGUUAAUCUUCAUAGUAUCAGACAUGUUUACCAAAAGCACAGCCUAGAGUAGAAAGUAUACUAGUUGUUUUAGGGUACUCAAGUAUAUAUUUUACAAAAUCUUAACAGGAAAUAUAUUUCCUAUGUUUUAAAGAAUUUUAUUUCACCUUUACUGAAAAGGUGGCAGAUUUUAAGUUAAGUAGAUAAGGACUAUAGUAAAAUAAGUAAAUUUAUUUUGGAAUAUUUGUACUAACAGGUAAUUUUGUAGGCCAGAUCUUAUAUUGAAUUCAGCUAUUUUCUCAAAAUUUAUCAAAUUUUAUGGUUAAAACUCAGAAUAACUAACUGAUAAAAUAACAAAGUUGCCUAGUUUAUGUAGCAGUAGAAAAGUAUCUGAAAAUAGUAUUUUGAAUCUGAAACCAAAUUUGAGAACAUUAUAAUAAAAGGAAUACUGUUUUUGCAUUUUUAAAUGUUUCUUUUUAAAAAUGUUCUUUUCCAUGUUAUAGCAAAGGGAAAAAAAUACUUUCUAUCAGUUUAUCUUUUGUUUCAUGGCUGUACUUCCAGCAUGUUGGCUUAUUUCCAAGACCUUAGUUCACAAGUUUUUCUUUUUUCUUAUCUUUAUUUCAGUAUAGUAAAUUGUAUGUGCUGUAAAGUGCACAAAUCUUAAGUAUACAGCUUGUUUAACUUUUACAUAAGGUGUUCAUCAGGUCACAAUUUUAUAGAACAUUUCCAUUACCAUAGAAGCUUCUCAUAGGUACCUCUUCUAGUCAAUACCCUCCACCACCAAAGGCUGUCACUGCAGGGUAGUUUGCCUGUUUUUGAACUUCAUAAAGUAGUAUCUUUGUUUAUUAGCAAGUUUAUUCUUUUUGCAUUGCUCUGUAGUAUUUGUAUGAAUAUACCAGAAUUAAUUCAUUCUAAUAUUUUAGAAUUGUUUCCAGUUGGGGGCUAUUAUGAGUAUUGCUGCUAAGACCACUCUUGUAAUGUUGUUUGGUGGCCAUAUGUACUCAUUCCUGUUGAGAAUAUACCCAGGAGUGGAACUGGUGGGUCUCAGGGUGUUAUUUAUGUUUAGCUUUAGUAAAUACUGCCAGUUGACACUCCUACCAGCAAUGUAUGAGAGUUCCAGCUGUUCCACAUUCUUACUGUCAGUCCUUUUAAUUUUAGUCUGUCUGGUUGGGUGUUCACAAGUGUUGAUAUUUCUUAAGUAUGAAGUCAAAAAUAGUAUUUAAUAAAUUUAUAUUUAUAAAUGG